AUGGGGAGACCUCCUUGUUGUAAUGAUAAGGUACAUAAUAGAAAAUGUAAUUGGACAGAAGAUGAUGCUAACACAUCUACAUUUGUCUCAAUCAAACAUGGAAUUGGUAAUUGGGCAACCAUGUCUAAGAAAUCAGGAUAUGGGAGGAGUCAGAAGCAGAGAUGGAACAAUCGUCUUAAGCCUGAUCUUAAACAGGACAGCUUUACACCUCAAGAAGAGGAACUGAUCAUUAAGCUUCAUGCCACUAUAGGAAGCAGGUGGUCUAUAAUAGCACAACAACUAGCUGGGAGAACAGAUAAUGAUGUGAAGAACUUGUGGAACACUAAGCUGAAAAAAAAGCUAUCUGCAAUGGGGAUUGAUCCUGUUACUCACAAGCCUUUCUCACAAAUUCUCACAGACUAUGGUAACAUUGGUGGCUUUCCGAAAGCCAGAACGCGUUUCGUGUCUCUUAACAGAGAGCUAAAAGGUGCAUUUAUGUCUAGACCAGAACAACUUCAACAUUCUUUACAAAAUUUCCAAAAUUUUAACAGCCUUUGUGUGAAGCUGCCAAAAACAGAAGCUUCAGAAGCAUGUUUCUUUAGCAACAAUCAAGAUUCCAGCAAUAUUAAUCAGCCUCCUGUUGAUCUGUUUUCGGAGUUACAAGCCAUAAAAUUUGUAACAGAGGCCUCAAAUUACAAUUCCCCAAAGGCAGUUUUCUCCCAUCAUCCAAUUCCUAUAACUGAUUGCUCUACGUCUUCACCUUUGUCAUCUUCGUCUUCAUCAUCUGCAUCUCAUUCAUUAGCUGAAAAUCAAGUAAACUGGUGUGACUACCUUCUCGACGAUGCAUUUCUUCCAUCAAAUUUCAAAGAUCAAGAGGACAAAUUAACCAUAGAAGAAAAGUUAGUGUGUGGUGGAGCUCAGGAUGGAUCAAACAACGUGCCAUCAACGAAGGAUUUUGAAACCUCGUUAUCUACAAAGGGCACAUCAUUUGUCGAAGCCAUGCUAGAAUGUGAAAAUGAAAUGUUCAUGAACUUCCCUUGCCUCUCUGAGGAUCCCUUUUACUAGUGGCAAUGCCACUAAUUGAUGGCCAAGAAUUAGACUUAGCUUUGUUUUAUGUCUCCAAUAGCUACGUUAAUGCAAUUUCUCUAUU